AACCAUAUAAAAGUUCUCAAAUCUCCGUGCUUCACCAUCCACUCGACUUCGUGCUUCUCCCUGUUGACUGGUUGGAUAAUUUUGUUUCCUGCAAAGAUGUCUUUGAAUCAAAUGCAAAUCAAGCAGGAAUUCAACCUCCCACCUGGCUUGGGCAAAACAAUUUCAAAGCAAAGCCAAGAGCCUGUGCCAUGCACUGAGCCAGUCCCAUGUCCACAGCAGCAACCUGAAGUCCAAGUCCCAACACCUUGCCCAGAACCAGUCCCUGUAGUAGUGGUACCAUGCCCAGAAAAAACAGUGCCAUUGCCAACACCGGUGGUGGAACCAACCCAGGAAGAAACACCAGUGGUCGUAAUACCCACGUGUCCACCCCAGGAGCAGCAGCAGCAACAGCAAUGCAAGCUACCACCAACUAUCCCACCUGUGUCAUGCCCUGAGCCUGUUCCAUGCCCUGAAGAGAAAUCAGAGUGCAAAGAGGUGCCUGUGCCAGAACCUGUUUCCUGCUCUGAGCCAACUCCGUGUGUGCUGGAGAAACAGGAGUGCAAGGAGAUCCCUGUGCCAAUCCCUGUUCCCUGCCCUGAACCUGAACAAUGUCCCCAGGAGAAGCAGCAGUGCAAGGAGAUCCCUGCACCAAUCCCUGUUCCAUGCCCUGAACCUGCACAAUGUCCUCAGGAGAAGCAGGAGUGCAAGGAGAUCCCUGUGCCCACCCCGUGCCCUCCAGAGAAGCAGGAGUGCAAGGAGACCCCUGUGCCAAUCCCUGUUCCGUGCCCUGAGCCCACACCAUGUGCCCAAGAAAAGCAGCAGUGCAAGGAGAUCCCCGUGCCAAUCCCUGUUCCAUGCCCUGAACCUGCAUCGUGUCCUCAGGAGGAGCAGCAGUGCAAGGAGAUCCCUGCACCAAUCCCUGUUCCAUGCCCUGAACCUGCGCAAUGUCCCCAGGAAAAGCAAGAGUGCAAGGAGAUCCCUGUGCCCACCCCGUGCCCUCCAGAGAAGCAGGAGUGCAAGGAGACCCCUGCGCCAAUCCCUGCUCCCUGCCCUGAGCCAGAGAAGUGCUCUCUUCCAGAGAAUUGUCCUCCCAUCGAGCAGCAGCAGGUGAAGCAGCCCAACCAGUGGCCACCCAUGCAGAAGUAACUUGCAGCUGGCAAGGGAAGCCCUGAAGAGAGAAGAAGAUCACAAACCCAGACCUCCUCUCCCCGUGUCUCACAACCAGCGGUCAUUUUCCAACACCCUUUUGUUCGUUGCAGAUUUUCUGUUAAGAAGCACAGCUUCCAACUCCCCCCCAGCUAACGCUAGCGUUAUCCUAUACUAACAGCCAUACAAUAACUGACACGUCAGGACCGUCAAUAGAUAAUAAGGCUUCAAGCGGUGUUGUAGGCAUGUGCGUUCAGCUUCCCAGCAGCCUGAAUUUCUGCCCUCUCCCAACCAUCUCGCUGGCUUUUAAAGGCCCAGAGAGAGACCAAAGAGUAUGAUGGCACGCACGAGUCAGGGUUCAUUAAGCUAAAUAUUCAAACUUAACCCAAAUGCAGUUAGGGACCUAGAGCUCAUUGUCCAGACCCGCAUGCUGCCUCCUGGUUUUCAUGCCUUCCUCCCCAGCUCCCUGUAUGCGAAUGCCAUCUCCCACCUUGCAUUUAGGAGUUUUGCCUAUUAACAAUAGCGUUUGAGGUUUGUGCAGAGCCUGCUGCUAAGGGGUUCUGGUCAAUGGCAACAAGACUUUCCGAAUCAUGAAUCCAUAGUGCCGAAUAUUUUAUGCAAUUAAAAAAAUCCAUUGAGCUAGAGGAAAGAGAAAGAUUUUUUACAAAAGAGCCAUCCCCUCUUAAUUAUCUGCUUAGCUGAAUCGGUAGCAAUCAGCACUUUCCUCAGAGAGCUCACCUUGGAUUUUCUAGGAUGUGUAAAAGAACAGCUCACGCUGAGAUUAUUUAUGGAGAAUAUAUAGAUAAUGAAAUCCAAUCCAGACAUGUUUUGAAAUAGAUUAACCUCAGGCGUGGCUUCCAUCUGUUAGACAGGAUAAAGGAAGAAGCAUACACAGCGCUGUCUCAAUUACACCCUGGAAUAUGUUUCACCACACAGUGUUGUUGCGUAUGUAUUUGGUACUUAUCUCUAAUUAUUUUAGGCUGAUAUUGUAUCCAGGAUUUAUUUCACUGUGAAAAUCAACAAUAAAAAUGACUUUGAAUACCAA